AUGUCUCACCGACGAGUCAAAUCCUGUGCCACGUGGUUAGACUCACGCCAAGCGGACAACUGUACAGAUACUGAGCUCACUACAGCUAACAACACUAUAACACCCUCACUUCGAGGGCUGCAGUGGUGCGAUUCGCUCAUUUUAAGGAGCACAGCGUUCGUCAUCCGCUUUGGUAUCGCUACAUGUUUUGUUUUCAUGAUACCCACUGUGUUAGGUCUUUGCGCUUCCAAUGACCUCACCGCUUGGAGGAUGAUGCUUGACUUUGAACAUCCUCCUUUCUCUGAGCAUUAUUAUGCCUGGCAUCGUGGGCAGGCCCAGCUGGCUAAAAACAAUUUGUCCACACUGCAGGUCAGCUCCCAUCUGGGACUGCUCAUGUAG